UCAUAAACCAAACCGUAGUCAGUCAGGGAAAGACGCAUCACCUUUAUUCUUACACUCAAUGAAAUAACAUGAAAACAUCCAUUUUAUUCGUCAUCAUCCCUGGAAUUAUAACAGGUUUAUCUGAUGGAUCUGGUGUGUUACCAGAUGGUCCUCUGAAUGCCUCUGUUGGAGGGACAGUGAUGUUCAGAACAACCUUGAAUCUAACAGAGACACAGUUUUCAUUGGUCCAGUGGCAGUUUGAUUCUGGUUCAGGACUUGAACUCAUAAUUAUAUCACUUACUUCUGGACACACAACUGGACCAAGAUAUGAAGGCAGGAUCAUUCUCUUCAGAUCAACUGGAUCUCUGGAACUCAGGAAUCUGAAACUCAGUGACAGUGGAGAGUACAUAGUUGUUAUUCAAGAUGGAGAGAAUCAGAAGACAGGACGCACCACACUGGACAUAUAUGAACCAGUCUCCAAUGUAAAUGUCUCCCCACUAAGUGCAGACUUGAUUGAGUUCAACAGCUCCGUCAGUCUGUCCUGCUCCUCCUCUGGACCUCAUCUCUCUUUCAUCUGGAUGAAAGACAGCUCUGAGGUUUCAGUCAGUGACAGAGUUCAGAUCAACACAAAUGAAGAAAACUCCACUCUGACUAUAGUCAGUGUGACCAGAAAUGACCAGGGUUCAUACACAUGCCAUGUGUCUAAUCCUGCCAGUUAUAUCAUCAGUGAUCCAGUAGACAUCUCUGUUAGAUAUGGUCCGGACAAUGUUCAAAUAGAAGUGCAUCCAUUUAAGGAACAUUAUGAGAAAGGAUCAGACAUUUAUCUGAUCUGCUCUGCUGACUCAUCACCUUCUGCUGAAUAUCUGUGGUUUCUGAAUGGAUCCCAGCUGACCAGUAGUGGUCCGUUACUCCAACUGAUGAAUUUCCAGAUGAAUCAGAGUGGAAACUACAGCUGUCAGGCCUUUAACAGCAAAACCCUGAGAUAUCAAACAUCUGAACCUUUACUUGUCUUUAUAUGUGAUGCUAGUAAACCUGGAGGUCUCGCUGGUGGAGCCAUUGCUGGAAUAGUAAUCACAUGUUUAUUAGUUGUUGCUGCAGGAGCUGCUGGAGGAUAUUUCAUCUACAAAAGAAGCUGCGAUCAACCCACCUCCGCCCCAUCUCCACCUUCUGCUCCUGGCUCUCGGGCCACAUCCUUCUUCGACCUCCGCCACCAGUACAGGCCCCAGGGUGAUUUCAUUCCUAGCAGCAUCAGGAAUGUCGAGCUUAUCGAAGUUCCAGCUCGACAUCCCUGGCCAGGGACUGAACGCUAA